AUGAUCACUAGGUCAUUGGAGAUUCGUGUGGGCGGCAAGUACCGCCUUGGCCGUAAGAUAGGCAGCGGUUCCUUCGGUGAUAUCUUUAUAGGGACACACAUCCAAACAGGUGAGGAUGUAGCAAUAAAGUUGGAGUCUCACCGGAGCCGCCACCCGCAGCUGUUAUACGAGUCGAAGCUUUACAAGUUAUUGGCAGGCGGUGUCGGUAUUCCUACGAUCCACUGGUACGGUAUUGAGGGUGAGUAUAACAUUCUCAUUAUGGAUCUUUUGGGGCCCUCUUUGGAGGAUUUGUUUACGAUCUGUAACCGUAAACUUAGCCUUAAGACGGUGUUGAUGCUUGCCGAUCAAAUGUUAAACCGUAUAGAAUAUUGCCAUUCGAAAAACUUCAUUCACCGUGAUAUCAAGCCGGAUAACUUUUUAAUUGGCCGUGGUAAGAAGAUUUCGAUUGUGUACAUUAUUGACUUCGGGCUGGCGAAGAAGUACCGAGACCCCAAAACAGCGCAACAUAUAUGCUAUCGUGAAGGUAAGAAUCUCACAGGUACUGCACGGUAUGCGAGUAUCAAUACCCAUUUGGGAAUUGAACAAAGUCGUCGUGACGAUAUGGAGGCGUUGGGUUAUGUAUUAUUGUAUUUUAUGCGUGGAUCUCUACCGUGGCAGGGUUUGAAGGCCACGAGCAAGAAAGAUAAGUAUGACAAGAUCAGCGAGAAGAAAAUUGCGAUACCUGUUGAUCUUUUGUGUAAACAACUGCCAUUUGAGUUCGUAACAUUCAUCAACUAUGCGAGAUCAUUGCGUUUUGAAGACCGACCAGACUACUCUUACCUUCGUCGUAUAUUGAAGGAUUUGUUCUUUAGGCAAGGUUAUCAAUACGACUUCAUCUUCGACUGGACGUUUUUACACACUGCCCAGUUAAUGCACACAAUGAUGAAUGAGGAUAUUGAGCGUUUCGAGCGUAUGACAAAGGACCGCGAGCGGGACGCGGAGGAGCCUACUAACCGCCCAGUACUGAAGAAUAAGUAG